CAAUGAAAAACAACCUGUUAUUUGUUGCUGACUUCACACAUGAUUCAGAUCACAUGAUAUCACUUUUGUCAACAAGUUCAGUUACGUCCGUUGACUCAACCGUUGUGAUUGUGCGAUAAUGCGGUUGAUUUUACUUUUGAUAUCUUUUGUUGGUAUAGCAUCCUGUGGUACCCUUCUUGGGUCAAAGGAAUGCUCCUGGGGACCUUCAUAUUGGUGCAGCCAUGCACGAAAUGCAAAGGCCUGCGGCGCAGUGCAGCAUUGCUUGGAUACAGUGUGGAGCAAACAGAUAAUUAAGGAGGAAUCACAGCCAGCAUCAUGUGAUCUCUGCAAAAUGGUAGUCAAGGAAACAAGGAAGAUGCUGAAAAGCAAAAGUAGAGAUAUAAAGAUAGUUGAGUUCUUCACCAUGGCAUGCCAAUUUCUGCCUGAUGAAAGUCUGAAGAAGGAGUGCAGCGUCCUUGCCACAGAGUCAGAACUCCUGAUUAAAUUACUAAAGAGCAACAUUUCAGAUGAACAGCUGUGUGCAGCUGUCAAGCAGUGCAAGGGAUUUGAAGACAAAACACACCAGUAUCCCAAAGGAGUUCCAAAAGUAUCAGGCAAAGUUACCAAGAUCUGCAAGGAUUGUGUGGCGUUUUUUGGGGACAUUAAGCAGUUGAUCCAAGAUAAUUCAACAAUAGAUCAAAUUAAAGAUAUGCUGAAGAAUGUACUGUGUACACAGCUGCCAUCUGAGGAGGGAUUGUGUGACUUCAUUGUUGAUGAACUAGUACCACAACUGCUGCAAACUCUUGGCAGCGAAGUAGACCCUCAAGUAUUCUGCAACAUGAUGGGAUUCUGUAAUGGUACAAACAUUAACAAGGCAUUGGUCACAAGAAUUCAGUACAGGACUGAAUUGAAAAAGUUGAAUAAGGCUAAAAUUGGUGGGGUGGAGGAGUGUGACCUGUGUAAAGAGGUCAUGUCAAAGGUCAGGGACAUGGACCGUGAUCCUACUAACCAGGAAAAAAUCAAGGCCUACAUCAAGACAGACUUGUGUGAAAAACUUGGCUCAUUAGCAGAUCAGUGUAAAACAGCAGUUGAUGAAUAUGCAGAUAUACUCUUUGAACUGAUCGCCAAUGAACUGGAUCCCACUACAGUGUGUACAAUGCUUGGAUUCUGUAAAACAACUUAUUAUGUUGCUGCUAUGCCCAUCCUCCCAGGAAUACAGCUGAAACCAAAAGUAAAUGUACAGGAAAAACCAAAAGCUGGAGAACUCUGUGAUUUGUGUCAGAUGGUCAUCAAUGAGUUGGACUCCAUGAUUCUAAAGAACUCAACUACUCAAGAGGUGGAGAAGGCGUUGAACUCUGUUUGCAAGCGGUUGCCUGCCAAGUACUCAGAUGACUGCAGCGACUUUGUAAAACAAUACGCACCAGCUAUUUUGGAUCUCAUUGGACAGGAGUUAGAUCCCCUGACAGUCUGCACAGUCUUAAAGCUGUGCACCUCUGAAUCCAAGAAAUUAGUUAUACAGAAACCAGUGGAAUCUACAACAGAAUGUGUCCUGUGUGAAAUGAUCAUGAAGGAAGUAGACACCAUCCUCCAAGGAAGCAAAGUAAAGGAGGAGAUCGAGAGCGCCCUGAAGUCUGUGUGUGAUCGCCUGUCCACUGGUGACCUCGCCAAAGAGUGCUCCAACUUUGUCAUGCAGUACACAGAGAUCUUGAUUGAUCUUCUGAAGAGCAUGCCGCCCAAGGAAGUGUGCUCCAAACUUGGUCUGUGUACUGCUGACAAAGCACCUGCUAAGCAGCAGCUGCAUCAUGUCAAGCUGGUCUCUGACAAACACAAUAGUGUCUCCCACUUGCGUAGUGUAGAUGCCUCAGUUGAAUGUGUUGUGUGCGAAUACAUCAUGUCUGAAGUGGACAACAUUCUGAAAGAGAACCGCAGCAGAGAAGCCAUUGAGAAUGCCCUAAAAAUGGUCUGCUCCAAGCUUCCCUCUACCAUCAGCCAGGAAUGCACUGACUUUGUGAACCAGUAUGCAGACCUUGUGAUUAACCUGUUGAUUCAGGAGGGGGAUCCAAAGACUGUGUGUAAAGCCCUUAACCUGUGCCAAGCUAGUGCCAAAGCAAAAAGUGUAGAUGCCUCGGUUGAAUGUGUUUUGUGCGAGUACAUCAUGUCUGAAGUGGACAACAUUCUGAAAGAGAACCGCAGCAGAGAAGCCAUUGAGAAUGCCCUAAAAAUGGUCUGCUCCAAGCUUCCCGCUACCAUCAGCCAGGAAUGCACUGACUUUGUGAACCAAUACGCAGACCUUGUGAUCAACCUGUUGAUUCAGGAGGGAGAUCCAAAGACUGUGUGUAAAGCCCUAAACCUGUGCCAAGCCAGUGCCAAAGCUAAGAGUGUAGAUGCCUCGGUUGAAUGUGUUUUGUGCGAGUACAUCAUGUCUGAAGUGGACAACAUUCUGAAAGAGAACCGCAGCAGAGAAGCCAUUGAGAAUGCCCUGAAAAUGGUCUGCUCCAAGCUUCCCGCUACCAUCAGCCAGGAAUGCACUGACUUUGUGAACCAGUAUGCAGACCUUGUGAUUAACCUGUUGAUUCAGGAGGGAGAUCCAAAGACUGUGUGUAAAGCCCUAAACCUGUGCUCAAGCAAACAAAAGAAAACUAAUAUAAACUCCAUCAGGUUUCUUCCCAUCCCGGGUCAAGUGGCUAGUUUGCGGUUGGGGGAUGAGAAGUGUGAGGUGUGCGAGGUGAUCCUGAAUUACCUGGACGAGGCACUGAAGGAGAACAAGACUGUCCAGGCAGUAGAGGCACUCCUGGACCAAGUCUGUAACUUCCUCCCCACAACAUUCAAGGAAGAGUGUGACACUAUUGUGGCCCAGUAUGGUCCUGUGAUUGCCCAAUUGUUCUCACAACUCUUGGAUCCAAAGAAGAUUUGCCAGGAAAUUAAACUUUGUCCUUCAAAAUAUGGUGUGAAACAGUCCCUUAUCAAUCAUCUGAUGAAGAAAACCAAACCAGCUCCCAAAGAUACCAGACUGUACUUUAAAAGUAAACAGCAAAAGCUGGGAAAGAAGGAGUGUACCUAUGGACCAUCUUAUUGGUGCGCCAGUCUGAAAAACGCCCAGAAGUGUCAGGCAGAGGAACACUGCAGAACAAAGGUGUGGAAUCGCAACUAAUACAACAGUGAGCCCCCGUAACACCUUACAGGAAGAGAUUAUUGUUUAAUAAAACCGUUUUCUGUAAAUGCUACUUCUUUAAGAAUGAUGUGAUAUAUUUGUGAUUACUCUUUUGUUUAUUUUUCAUUUUAAUUUCUCGAUCAUGUGAAAAUAUGUUGUAUGAUAUUGUAUGUCUCUUUUAUUUUAGGAAUCAUAAUUUCACUUUAAAUGUAUUUUGUCGAAUACUGGUAGAUUUUUUUGUUAUUCUUUAAGGAAAAGGGAGGGGGAGGUAAGAAAUGGAUAGAAAUUGCAGAUGAAAAAAAAGUCACCAUUUCUUAUCUUAUACAUGUAUAUUUAAAUAAUGUUCUCAAAAACUUCUACUUAUUUGUAAAUAAAUUCUCUGUUUCUUUACAUGUACAUACUUGAAAAUAUUCUUUACAUGUACAUACAUGCAGAUAUUCAUGUUAAGCUUUGAAUUUCAAAAACUAAUUUUGUUGUUGUUGAUUCAUUUCAGUAGUUACAUUAUGUGAAUGACUGCAUCAUUUUGACUUGAAACAUUGUGGAAUGUUCAUAUCAAUCUUUCAUUCCUUUUGAUAUCCUUGAUAACCCCUUCAUUGUAGUGGAACAGAGUAAUUACUUGUUUGAAAGCAAAAUGGGACAGGUGCCCUUCAAGGCUUCUACAGAAUUGCUGUACAAAUCAUUAAUAUACCUGGUGUAUGAUUAUAUCAAGAGUAAUGAAGAUGGACACUAUAUUCUUCGUUUUCAUUCCUGAUGUUGAUGUGCAUUGCAUGUAAUUGCUUAGAAUUUUUUAACUUUCAGUAGCAAUGAUCUGUCGUACAUUCCACUGUGAUAUUGACAAGAUAAUGAUCUGAACCAUCUUUGAUUACCAAGGGAGAUGAUCUGCUCAGAGGGGCAAAUUGUGUCCCUUGGCUACCACAGAUGGAUCUGCACAUUCAGAACAGAAUUUUUGUUUAACAACUAUAGAAUGUUUCUUCAUACAGGUUGAAAUAUUUAUUACCAUAAUUUCUUCAAGUGUUUUGGUUUUAACUGAGUAGAAAUAAUAAAACAAAAUAUUCUUCUGUU